AUGUUAUUCUAUUGUACCAUUGAACAAUUUGUUACAAUAUUCCUUCCUGUCUUGUAUUCUGUGAGAUAUGACUCAAAGAAUAGCGAAGAAAUUUCAAUGGAGGUUGCAAUCAAACUAAAAGAAGGAGAUGCGUAUGCAGAAAUUUUGGAUAUUGCAAGAAGAGGUUACCAUCCAGAGCAAAUGUUAGCUUGGUAUGAUAUUGAGCUAUUCAAAACAGGAAAAUUACCAAUUACAAAAGAAACAGCUCUUCAAAUUAUUAGUUUAUACCUUGAAAGAGAUUCUCCACUAAAUAUCAAUAUUCCAAAGCAUUUUGAUAUUCCAAAUUUACUAGGAAUUGCCAAUCAUUCCCCAAUCAUUCCAAGAGAUAUGUUUGAUGGAAUUCAAUCAUUCUGUUUCAAUGAUAUUUGCAAAUGUCUUUGUGGACACAACAGUGCAAGAUUUGAACUUAAUGAGAAAAAAUUGGAUAUUGGAUUAUGGAAUGAUUACUAA